CUUGAAUCUCCCCUUCACACAAUUCCCACUCCAAUUACAUCUCCCUAUAAAUCAGAGCUUUUAAGCAUACCAAAGCUUCCAUUUUUCAGUACUAGUUUCCGCAACUCUUUCUCCCCUUUCACUUUUCAAUGGCUUCUCCUCAGCACUCAUUGAAGUUUUUGUAUCUCCUCGUCUUGGUUUCCAUUUUCUAUUUUUUUCCAAUUCACGCCCUUGACAUCGGUAUCCUUGCAGAUAGAGGCCAGCUAUCCUUGAAUAAAGAAUGCAGUAGAACAUGUGAAUCAAGUUUUUGUGGAGUGCCCCCAUUUUUAAGAUAUGGAAAAUACUGUGGAAUUCUAUACACUGGAUGUCCAGGAGAGCAGCCUUGUGACCGCUUAGAUACUUGCUGCAUGAAGCAUGAUCAGUGUAUACAAAUUAAAGGCAAUUACUUAAACAAGCAGUGCAAUCAAGAUUUCCUAAACUGUAUAGCAAGAUUUAAGAAAUCGAGAGCCCCCACAUUCAAAGGAAACACGUGUAAAGUCGAUGAAGUCGUUCAAGUCAUUAACAAGGUCAUGAGUGCCGCCAUUGUUGCUGGAAAAAUUAUUGGUAAACCUUAAAUUUAAGUAAAAUGAUAGUGAUUAUUUAAAAAGGAGAGUUCAAUUAUUUGAUUGUGACUACAAAUCUGUCUAGAAUUAAUUAUUGAGAAUUAUGCUUGUAUUUAAUCCUUAAACUAUGCCAUCUGUGAAAUGGCUGUCACCAGUAUGAAAUUAAUAAUGUUUUUUAUAGACGAAUGAAUGUA